AUGAAGCUCCUGAUUGCAUUGUCAGUGCUGGUUGUUGCAGCGUCUGCAGCGCUCCAGUCUUACUCCGCUCCAGGAGUAGGGCAAGCUGGACACACUGGUGGUGUUCCACUUCCUACAGGAGCUGGACAUUCUGCUGGUGCUGGAUUUGCUUCUGGCGCUGGAUUCGCAUCUGGCUCUGGACACUCUGCAGGUGGUGGAUUUGAUUCUGGCGCUGGACACUCUGCUAGUGCUGGAUUCGCUUCUGGCGCUGGACACUCUGCUGGUGCUGGAUUCGCUUCUGGCGCUGGGCACUCUGCAGGUGGUGGAUUUGAUUCUGGCGCUGGACACUCUGCUGGUGCUGGAUUUGCUUCUGGCGCUGGAUUCGCAUCUGGCUCUGGACACUCUGCUGGUGCUGGAUUUGCUUCUGGCGCUGGACACUCUGCUGGUGCUGGCUUUGCGGCAGGAUGUCAGGACGGUGAAAUUCUUCACGUCGAUGGUACUUGUGUUACCCCAGAAAUUAAUCAAAAGGUAUACGUUUUCGACGUACCUGAACAACCUAGGGAACCCAGUGGUCCACCACCUGUCAUUCCCCCACCUCGUGUUGACCACAAUAUCCUCUUUGUGCGUCUUCCUGAAGACGCACCUGGACCUGAGCCUAUCAUUCUUCCCCCACCGAGGACAGAAAACAUCGUAUACGUGCUCAACAAGAAGAAAGAAGAGGGUCAACGUGUGAUCGAAGUACCAGCUCAUCCUCAGUCCGAUCCUGAAGUCUACUUCGUCAACUACGAAGACGGAGAAAAUCCAGCUCUUCCCAUUGGUGUCGACCUUGAGACAGCUCUCAGUGCAGCCGCCGCAACAAGUGGUCAGGUUCUCGGUGGAGCCGGAGGAUUUGGUGGAGCUUCAGGCGCUGCAGGAGGCCUUGGUGGAUUUGGUGGAGCCGGAGGUUCUGCUGGAGGCCUUGGUGGAUUUGGUGGAGUCGGAGGUGCUGCUGGAAGCCUUGGUGGAUUUGGUGGAGCCGGAGGUGCUGCUGGAGGCCAUGGUGGAUUUGGUGGAGUCGGAGGUGCUGCUGGAGGCCAUGGUGGAUUUGGUGGAGCCGGAGGUGCUGCUGGAGGCCAUGGUGGAUUUGGUGGAGCCGGAGGUGCUGCUGGAGGCCAUGGUGGAUUUGGUGGAGCCGGAGGUGCUGCUGGAGGCCAUGGUGGAUUUGGUGGAGCCGGAGGUGCUGCCGGAGGCCUUGGAGGAUUCGGCGGAGCCGGAGGCCAUGGUGGAUUUGGCGGAGCUGCAGGCGCUGGCGGAAGCCAUGGUGGACUCGGUGGAGGCGCAGGAACUGCAGGAGGUCUUGGUGGUGGCCUCGGUGGCUUUAGUGGGGUCGGAGGAAGCUUAGUCAGUGGUGGAUUCGAUGAUGAUAGCCACGAAAUUAUCAGUGGUGUACUAGCUACAUCUCCGAUAAUUGCGCCUACUCCUUCUGGCGCGACAGAAAACAUCGUGUACGUCCUCAACAAGAAGGCCGAAGUGGGUCAGCGUGUGAUCGAAGUACCAGCUCAUCCUCAGUCCAACCCAGAAGUCUACUUCGUCAACUACGAAGACGGAGAAAAUCCAGCUCUUCCCAUUGGUGUCGACCUUGAGACUGCUCUCAGUGCAGCCGCUGCAACAAGUGGUCAAGUUCUUGGUGGAGCCGGAGACUUUGGUGGAGCUGCAGGCGCUGCCGGAGGCCUUGGUGGAUUUGGUGGAGAUGUAGGUGUUGUCGGAGGCCAUGGUGGAUUUGAUGGAGUUGCAGGUGCUGCGGGAGGCCUUAGUGGAUUUGGUGGAGCUGGAGUUGCUGCUGGAGGCCAUGGUGGAUUUGGUGGAGCCGGAGGUGCUGCUGGAGGCCAUGGUGGAUUUGGUGGAGCCGGAGGUGCUGCUGGAGGCCAUGGUGGAUUUAGUGAUGGCACUGGUUCUGCCGCAGGCCAUGGUGGGUUUGGUGGGUCCGUUGGAGCUGCAGGCCUUAAUGGUGGCCACGGUGGAUUUGGUGGUGUUGUAGAAGCGGCCGGAGGAAGUCUAGUCAGUGGUGGUUUCGGUGAUGACGAUAGCCAUGAAAUUAUCAGUGGUAUACUCGCUACGUCUCCGAUUAUCGCGCCUACUCCUUCUGGCGUGUAUGGAACACCCUGA